AUGGAUGUUGGCAGGAAGUUGGUUGGACAGAAUUUAGUGAUAGGCACAAGACACACGUCUGUUUUUGAGGCAUUAAGUGAGGGACACAUGGUUGCUAAAAGGUGGCGAAUGUAUGGAAGGAGCAGUAAAUGCGAUGCUGGAAGACUCUCAAUUUGCAAGUCACCAGACAUUUUCAAAACCGUCCUCCAAACUGAUGAUAACAGUGAUUAG